AUGGCAUAUGCUUUACAGAAAUAUAACGACGACGAGGGUCUUGCUGGGGAGAUGCGUUUUGUGUUUGAUGAAAGUAAAGACGAAGUUUUCAUUAUUGAAGGAAACAUGAACUCCUAUGAACACUUCAACUUUACAGCUAAGCAGGCUGGUUCCACUGUUCUAUUCUUUGCUGAAGUGAUCCCAGACGAAGGAGAACUCUGUAAUGUUCUUUGCUGCAAGCCUUUGGAUUCUGAUGACAAUGGACAUUGCUUUGGUUGUAAGAAUCAAGGUUCCGUGGACUUGAGGCAUCCAGCUGGCGAAAGUUUGUAUGUUGGAGGUCAUGUGGAUUGCGAGUUCCCAUUUAUGUGGGAUAGUAUCAGUGAGGAUGACUCUGAUUGAGAGGGAAGAUGUCCUAGAUGGCCAUAAAGAAUGUCUGAUGGGGGCGUUGGUCUUCUUCUGUUAUUCUCCAAAUUUUAACGUCUAUGUGGUGCCACUUUUGUUUGGAAUUGGAGGGCGUGUAUAAAUACGUUACACUAGCUAUAAUUACUUCGGAAUUCAUAAGGCACGAACAUUCUCUCAUCUGCCUUGCAGCGUGACUGGGCUGCACAGUGAUCUGUGUGAGCGGGUUGUGAUCGCGCAGCGGCGGUGAUUGGGACGUGACGAGUUAAUAAUGUGUCAUGCAUUGACUGGGUGGCGCUAAGCUCCUGUCAAGCACACCAAUUUCCUAAUUACUUUUGGUAUUCAUACGUUGCU